AUGGCAGUUCCAAAAAAACGUACUUCGAUUUACAAAAAGCGUAUUCGAAAAAAUCUUUGGAAAAAAAAGGGGCAUUGGGCAGCGUUAAAAGCCUUUUCUUUAGCAAAAUCUAUUGCUACUGGGAAUUCCAAAAGAUUAUUAAUUACUCGUUGGGUUUAUUGGAAACAUUUACCAUUAAGUGAUCUAUAUGAAUCAUUAAUCUUCCUUUCCUGGAGUUUCUACCUUAGUCAUUUGAUUCCAUAUUUUUUAAAAAAAGAUAAAAAUUCGUUAAGUGCAAUAACUGCGCCAAGUGCUAUUUUGACUCAAGGAUUUGCUACGUCGGGCUUUUUAACAGAAAUGCAUCAAUCCGCAAUAUUAGUACCCGCUCUCCAAUCUCAAUGGUUAAUGAUGCAUGAGCAGUAUGGGCCAAUGAGGCGUGGGGAUCGUAUUGGAAUUGGGACCCCAAAGAAACUUGGGCAUUUAUCACUUGGACCGUUUUCUUAUAAUUUGGAUAUGCUAUUUUGGGGUCAAUCUAUUAGGAAUAGGGCUACAUAG